UACUUUUUCUCGUAUUUACCAGAAGGUUCGUGCUUAAAUCCGUUGCUGGUGAAAACCCGGAAAGUUUGAAUUAGUGAAAAGUGUUGUUUAACGGAGUAGAAUUCUUGCGCAGAUCUCCUAAUCAACUCCUGGAAUAAGAUACUCAACCAAGGGAUGCAGUCGUUAAAUAUCGUGUUUCUAUUCCUGGCCGUAUGUGUCACUGCCAUUCUGGCACAAAGCGGUCCAACUCCACCCCGACUCAACAUACCCGGUGCCAUUCCGCUAUCACUAAAACCACAAUUCCGCAAUGAUAAGCUUGUACGAAUUCGACGUCCAAUUGCAGGAGCUCGUCCAGCACCAAUCCCCAACGCAAUUCCAAUUCCAGUUACGCCUCGUCUUUUAGAAGAAGCAAAACCUGUUACAGAGGAGCCUGAAGAUGAAACACCAGACAAUUACCUUCCACAAUUCAAUACUCAACCCGCUCCCCAACCGAGUCCUCUGGCCCCGUUGCCUCUUGAGCCCAAUUUCCUACAGCAAGAAAGCUCGGCCGAGGAGCCACGAUUCCAACCACAAGAAAGACCAUUCUCACCCCAAAUAAGUGCACAAAGAUUCUCUCCAGCCCCUGAAAGGAAGGUGGUAAGACGUCCUGCACACCGUGAACCUCGUCCACAAUUCGAUCAAGAAGCUGUCCAGACUAUUCGACAAGUUCCAGCCAGAAGACCAGUCCCAGAAAUCGAGGAGGAAGAUUUCCGCAAGAAACCUGUCGCUCAAAUCCUUAGGAAAUACCGGGAGGAACAUGAAGAUGGCUCCAUCACCUGGGGAUUUGAAAACGACGACGGAUCUUUCAAGGAGGAGACAAUCGGAAUCGACUGCAUUACUCGUGGACGAUAUGGAUAUGUUGAUCCAGACGGUGUGAAGCGGGAAUACAACUACGAAACUGGAAUCUUAUGUGACCCAAACAAGCGUGACGAGCAAGUUGAACAGAGCGGUUUUGUCGAUUAUGAAGGCAAUAAGGCCAUCCUUCCCAAUGGUGUCGAAGUCGAUUUAUCAAAUAUGGGAAAAAAGAAAUCCAAGCGACCGGGGGCCUUUAUUCCCCAACAAGGACCACCCCAGUCCAUUUACAGAAAUUAAUUUAAGUCUCCAUAACUAGCGAGGGAUCAGUCGCGCACAGCUUUGCUUCCCCAGAACGCAGGGAAGCUACAUACUUUCUUUCUUGUCAUGAGAAAGCGUCUUUAUUUAUUGUUAAGCGUGAAUACAAAAGUCUGUAAAUAAUGUAACGUGAAUUUUAUAGAUAAAACCGAAAAAAAUAUUUGAA